AUGAACGGGCUUCCACGGGCCUUUGGGCCACGGGCCAAAAAGGAAGGGAAGCCACAACUCAUCCUAACAAGAAGAAGCAGUCCUGGAGCUGCCCCCAAGCCACGCACUAGCUGUGGCCAACGGAAUGGCCUGAUCCUGGACCCAUCGGGCGACUAUUACUACUGGUGGCUCAUGGUUAUGGUGGCCCCCAUCAUGUACAACUGGAUCAUCCUUAUCUGCAGGUCCUGCUUUCAGGAGCUGCAGCAAAAGUACCUGUGGGUGUGGCUGGCCCUGGACUGCCUCUGCGACCUGCUGUACCUGCUGGACAUGGUGGUGCACUUCCACACAGGAUUCCUGGACCAAGGGAUCCUGAUCCAGGACCGGGCAAAGAUCUCCCAGCGCUACCGGCGCUCGGCCCCUUUCCUGUGGGACCUGGCCUCCUUGCUGCCCACGGAGGUGCUCUACCUGCUGGUGGGGACCAACCAGCCGGCGGUGCGGGCCAACCGCUUCCUGCGGACCCCUCGGCUGUUUGAGGCCUUUGACCGGAUCGAGACGCGCACGGCCCACCCCUACGCCUUCCGCAUCUCCAAGCUGAUGCUUUACGUCUUCGUCACCAUCCACUGGAACAGCUGCCUCUACUUUGCCCUCUCGGGGCUCAUCGGCUACGGGGCGGAUGAGUGGGUGUACCCCAACAUCAGCACGCCGGGCUUCGGCCGGCUUCGGCGCCAGUACCUCUACAGCUUCUACUUCUCCACGCUGAUCCUGACCACCGUGGGCGACACGCCGAUGCCCCAGCGCCAGGAGGAGUUCCUCUUCAUGGUGGCGGACUUCCUGCUGGCCGUCCUGGGCUUCGCCACCAUCAUGGGCAGCGUGACCUCCGUGGUCUCCAACCUGAACGAGGCGGACGCCGCCUUCUACCCCAACCAGGACCUGGUGAAGGGCUACCUGCGCACCCGCCGCGUGGACCGCCGCCUCCAGCGCCGCGUGGUCGCCUGGUACCAGCACCUCCAGAUGAACCAGAAGCUGACCGACGAGCGGGGGAUCCUGCAGCACCUGCCGGGGCGCCUGCGGGCCCAGGUGGCCGUCAGCGUCCACCUCCCCGCCCUGCGCAAAGUCCAGAUCUUCCAGAACUGCGAGCAGAGCCUGCUGGAGGAGCUGGUGCUGAAGCUGCAGCCGCAGGUCUACAGCCCCGGGGAGUUUGUCUGCCGGAAGGGCGACAUCGGGCGGGAGAUGUACUUCAUCCGCGAGGGCCAGCUGGCCGUGGUGGCCGACGACGGCCUCACCCAGUACGCGGUCCUGGGGGAAGGCCUGUACUUUGGGGAGAUCAGCAUCAUCAACAUCAAAGGAAACAAGUCUGGGAACCGUCGCACGGCCAACAUCAAGAGCAUCGGCUUCUCGGACCUCUUCUGCCUCUCCAAGGAGGACCUGGCGGAGGUGCUGUCUGAGUUCCCUGACGCCAAAGCCGUGCUGGAGGCCAAGGGCCGCGAGAUCCUGCUCAAGAUGGACAAGCUGGACCUGAACGCUGAGGCGGCGGAAAUUGCGCGCCAGCAGGAGGAGGAGCGCCGGACGGCAGCCCUCGAGGAAGGCCUGGAUGCGCUGCAGACAAAGCUGGCCCGCAUCCUGGCGGGGCUGGAGGCCGGCGCUUUCAAGAUGGCCUUGCGCCUGGAGCGGCUGGAGUGGGAGUUGCGGGCCUGGGGGGACGGGGAAGAGGUGGAGGAAGCAGGAGGAAGGGAGCCGGCCACAGAGCCUUAACCCAAACCCUUGCCCCCAAGCGCCUACACACACCUCCCUCGCUGUGGAAAGAAGCCUCCUGUGCUCCCCACAGCCCCUGAGCACCACAGCCCCUGAGAGGGAAGGGUUGGGGGGCUCGGCUUCUGAGAAGAGGCCCUCCUGGCCGGGACUCAGCCACUUCACAGGGCAGGUGGGGCUACGUACCCCAGUCCCUUCCUGCCUCCUGGCCACCACACUGGCACAAUCAGUUCCAGAGUGCUAAGAU